AUGAAUUGGUCCAUACGGCCAGACAAACGUUUUCGUUUAGCUCUUGGCUCAUUUGUAGAAGAAUACAAUAACAAGGUUCAAAUCGUUUCAUUAGAUGAAGAAACAUCCGAGUUUAUACCACGCUCAAUAUUUGAACAUCCAUAUCCAACGACAAAACUUAUGUGGAUUCCCGAUACGAAGGGCGUUUUUCCUGAUCUAUUAGCCACCAGUGGCGAUUAUUUGAGAGUAUGGCGUACAAGUGACAAUGAAACCAGACUGGAAUGUUUACUAAACAAUAACAAGAACUCUGAUUUUUGUGCACCAUUAACAUCAUUUGAUUGGAACGAAGUUGAUCCAAAUCUUAUCGGAACAUCAAGUAUCGAUACAACGUGUACAAUAUGGGGCUUAGAAACCGGACAAGUUAUUGGUCGUGUUAAUCCUGUUAGUGGCCAUGUUCGUACACAAUUGAUAGCACAUGACAAAGAAGUGUACGAUAUAGCAUUUAGUCGUGGUGGUGGUGGUCGAGAUAUGUUUGCGUCAGUUGGCGCCGAUGGAUCUGUUCGAAUGUUUGAUUUGAGACAUCUAGAGCAUUCUACAAUAAUCUAUGAAGAUCCCGCCCAUCAUUCAUUAUUAAGGUUGGCAUGGAAUAAACAAGAUCCAAAUUAUUUAGCAACGUUUGCUAUUGACUCAAUGGAAGUGAUUAUACUUGAUGUGAGAAUUCCAUGUACACCCGUCGCACGUUUGAAUAAUCAUCGUUCGUGCGUGAACGGUAUUGCCUGGGCACCACAUAGUGCGUGUCAUAUUUGUACGGCAGGAGAUGAUCGUCAAGCAUUAAUAUGGGAUAUUCAGCAGAUGCCACGUCAAAUAGAAGAUCCAAUAUUAGCCUAUUCAGCAGAAGGUGAAAUUAAUCAAGUCCAAUGGAGCUCAACGCAACCAGAUUGGAUUGCUAUUUGUUUUAAUAAUAAUCUCGAAAUACUUCGUGUAUGA